UACUUUCUGUAGGGCUAUGUAAAGUCAUUGGUCUAUGCGGAUAAGCCACAAACCCUUUGGACCAUUUGGAAGACAACAUUCGCCGUGUUAUUGACGAUAUACGGCCACAAAUCUUGAAAAAAGUCUUCGAAAGUUGGACGUCCAGCUUGGACUACAUCCGAGCCAGCCGUGGCGGUCAUAUGCCAGAAAUCAUAUUUAAAAUGUAAUGCCACAAGAUUAUCUUGCGGAUAAAUAAAAUUCAUGUCAAUCGAAUAAUUCAUCGUUGUUUUAUUGCAAUUUAAAGUUUUAUAGCUCUAAAAAAAACACCCUUUAUAACGAAAGCCACAAAGCACAAACCUGAAGUGCCCAAAAUAAUGUAACAAUACAAGAUUUCAGUGAUGAAAUUCACCUGAAAUAAAACAAUACACCAAUUUCUCACUUGAUCAAACAGUCAUUCAUAAAUGACAUCUUCAUUAUUGAUUCAUAACAAUUCCAAUAAACAUGUAUUCCACUGAUGUUUGAGAUAAGUACAUUAUUAUUUGUUUUAUUAAUGUAUGGCUUCAAGUCAUUUAGAUCAUUUCCAAUUUCUUCGAAUUAAGUAGGUAUCUACCAAUACAUAUUUGGUUUUCAAUAUCUAUAAUGUAAGUACCUUUUUUCGACAAUUUUACACGAAUUUUUUGAUAAUUCACUAUACGAUUCUCAUUUGGUGUAACCUAAAUCCUUAACAUUUAUUCAACUGACUUCAGUGGUGUUCACUUUUACAGACAUUCUCAAGAAAAUGUUGGAUAUAUGUUUCGAAUACGUCCAACGUUGGAUAUAUAAAAACAUAGGCAAUCCUAGUGAUGUUUAUUCAGCAAUAUCCCCACUUCUGUUCCCCUGUUUCUUUUUGGGCUUGACACCUUACAGCAUCAAAAAGUCUUCUCUGAAGAACUCGAUCAACUAUUCAAAAUGGGGAAUUAUUUUCACUUUUAUCAUGGCAAUAGUGAUUAUCUGUUCGGUUGUUUUCAAUAUAGAAAAUGACGAUACCCAGAGUUUCAAACAGAACCUGAUGUAUUAUCAAGAAAUGGCAGCAGGAAUAUUUUCACUCUGUGGUCUGUUGGUUCUAUGUGUGUUUUCCAGAAAACUAAUGAACAUUUUUCCCAAUAUCAACGAAGUAGACGAAGCUAUCAAAGUUUUGCUCAUUUGGGUGGAUCAUAGAGAAACCUACGUGAAGGUGUUGCUGUCAGUUAUCUUCAUAGUUAUGUACAUGAUAUUAGGAAUCUCAUGGUUGAUUUUAGAAUGGACUAAUGUAGUAUCUCCAUUUUUCUUUCGUGACAACAGAGCUUCCGUUGUUGCAAAACUAAUGAUUCCAUAUUUCCUUACAAUAAUAAUGGAAUUCAUAUACUGCCUUUUUAUGAGUUUGGUCAGGUCAAGGUUCAACCUUUUGAAUAAGUAUUUGGAAACUUUGGUCCCUCAACGAAAAUCUACGAAAAGCUGGGCUAUAAAAGUGGAACCAUCGAUAUUACCACAGAAUGUUCGUUUAACAGAAAAAAUCACGAAGUCCUUGGAUCCCACCUUCGUUGUAAAUCAUAUUGCAGCUUUGCAUGUCAAACUGACAGAUACAGCACACGUGAUAAACAAAACAUUCGCUUUACAGCAGCUACUCAAGUUGGCUGUAACUUUUGUUAGUAUAGUCUCAGCUUUAUACUUCAUAGCUAUUUAUUUCUCAAAUCCGGAACAUAGAAGUUUGGAUGUUCUUUUUGUUUUGUGGGCUCUGUCUAAUGCUUUGGAAACAUUGGGAAUUGUCUAUGUUACCAGUGAAACUAGCGAAGAGGCAAACUAUUGCCCUCGUAUUCUUCAUAAAAUAAGAAAUAACAGUGAGAACGAAGAACUUCAGGACACUAUCGAGAUCUAUUCAUUGCAAAUGUACCACAAUCGUCUCAUCUUCAGUAUAAUGGGUCUCUUUCCUUUAGAUUAUUCUCUAUUAUACACAAUGGCAGCAGGUAUUACAACAUACUUGGUGAUUCUUAUACAGUUCAAUCCCAAAGAUUUUUCACCUAUAGCAAAUGCAACAACCACUGUUAUAAAUUCUUAAGAACAUCUAUAAAUUUUAAACUAUCGAACUUUCAGCGAAAGGAGAGAAUAAUCAAACGUAAGUAAUAUAAAAGCACAUGUUUAUUAUUUCAAAUACAGAAAUGUUUUACACGGAACCUUAUGUACAUAACAAUUCAUUAUUAUCUAGAAACUAUUCAAUACUACAAUUUCAAAUAUAAUUAUUAUUAUAUAUCACAAAUUCUUCAUUAAUGCAUAAAAUUAUUAUAAUAAAUUCUCUUUUACAUACAAUUAUUUUCGAAAUGUUCAUAAAGCAGAUUAAAUUUGUAGUAAAUUUAAAGAAGAAAAAUUUUGUAGUUCUGUGUUGAAAACCUUAACCUAACAUCAGUGAAUUUUGUAAACAAACUUGUGAACCUUGGACUUGGGCUGCCAAAAGGAUUUAGAAUCUCUUCGUUAAAUAUGUUUCAAACUUUCAGAUUAGCUAAUUACGGAAAACAUUGUAAAAUAAUGUUUACUCGCAGAUUAUCUUAUGUGCAGGGACAGGAACCUGAACCUCGCGUGAGAGAGUAUUUUUAUUAUGUAGACCAUCAAGGAAUGACGAUUCCAAAAUGAAAAAUUUCACGUCUUGCAUCAAAGAGAAAAAAUUCCUGAGAUUUUUUUUCAACCAACUGAAAAUCAACAAUUCAAAUAGAUAUGAAGAAUUUCCUUUCCUAUCAAGGUGUGGUAAAGAAAGAAAUUUU